AACAAACUGGGCAAUCGGCCCAUCUUAAUUGGGCCCAGGCCCAUCAACUCCAAAACCCAACUUAAACCCAAGCCGGUAGCUCUUCAUUUGACAGGCCAUCGUCGUCUUCUCCGCAGCGGCCGCAACCUUUCAUCUCUGACACUUCACUGAAAGUUCGUCCUCGGAGUUCCCUCUGAAGCGCCUGCGAGCUCCUGGUUUGUGCUGGCGAGGAUGCCACUCACCUUUGCACUCUUCCAAGAAGCCCUCCGUUAGUCCCUGAAAGCAUAAGCUCGUCUCUUGGGGGUUCUUUCGUUGAGGUGUGCCCAAUGAACUGCAUAUCCAAUGCGCCUUCAUAUGCUGCGGCCAUUUUAAGAAGGGCAAGUCGAAUACUCGCGAGGCAACCCCAGUACGGAUGCUCUGUGCCCGCUUGGAGUGGUAACUGUAAUGGGGCCUUCCCGAAUGCGGCCCUCAGAGCUAUCAAUUCGAGGUUCCUGGUUCCGAGCUACCGCCUCCAGUGCUAUUCGUCCAAGUCUAAGAAGAGCAAGAAAACUACGUCUUCAAAGCUGAAGAGCUCAUCUCCUGAAGCAGAGGCUGCUCCCAGGGAAAAAGAUGCGUUCUUCGUGGUGAGGAAAGGGGAUGUCGUGGGCGUCUAUCGGAGUUUCAGGGAUUGCCAAGCUCAAGUUGGCUCCUCGAUAUGCGAUCCUCCUAUUAGCAUUUAUAAAGGGUAUCUAUUGCCAAAGGAUACCGAGGAUUACCUCAUUUCUCGUGGGCUUAAAGAUGCCCUGUACACCAUCAGAGCUGCUGAUCUGAGGGAUGAUUUAUUUGGGUUGCUCACUCCUUGCCCUAUUCAGGAGCCUUCUCCUAAAAUUGUGAAGGAUAAAUUCAAAGAGAUGCCCCGGGAGAAAGCUAUUUCAGUGCCUGACGUAACUAAUUGGCUGAAAAUGAAUGCUGAGUUGACUCUUGAUGCCACAGCUAAAGCAGCAGACGUAGACCGUCAGACCUGCACCCUUGAGUUUGAUGGUGCUUCCAAGGGCAAUCCUGGGAAAGCCGGGGCAGGAGCUGUGCUCCGAUCCCUUGAUGGAAACUUGAUUUGUAGAUUACGUGAGGGUGCAGGAACUGCGACAAAUAAUGUUGCAGAAUAUCGAGCCAUUAUUCUAGGUCUUAAUUAUGCCCUAAAAAGGGGUUAUACAAACAUUCAGGUUCAAGGCGACUCCAAACUCAUCUGUAUGCAGGUUCAGGGUCUAUGGAAAGUGAGGAACAAGGUUCUCUCUGAAUUGUGGGAGCAAGUGAAUAUGUUGAAGGGAAAAUUCCAGUCAUUUGAAAUCAGCCAUGUUCUGAGGGCCCUAAACUCGGAAGCUGAUGCUCAAGCAAACAAGGCUGUCGGCCUCGAUGAUGGUGAAGUUGAAGAGGAAUGCGUGCAAGGGGCAAAAGGCGUGAAAAAGGCCUACUACCCGGCAAUUGUAAUCAGAACCAGCCAUUCAAAAUAUGAUACAGAAGUUCUUCAUACUGUUAAAUGCUUGUUCCAAUUUUUCCCUUCCUUUUCUGGAAACAAUAUUUGCGAUUCCCUGCGAAAUUCCAGUGUGUGUGUGGAGAAAGCGGCUGCCAUGUCGUUUCUGAGGAUGGCUCGACGCUUGACGACGACGGCGAGAUCUUCCUUCUCUUCGUCUUCCUUAAGCCGACGCAGCUUAGCUUCUGCUCCUUAUCCUUUUUCAUCAUCGGUGGGACGGCCAGCGUCUAGUUCCGUAGCAGCGACCGCCCCGUCGAAUGUCGCAGAUGUCGGCGACGAGGAGGAGGAGCAGGAGGUUCUGGGUUACUCUAGCUCCGCCGCAUCCUCGGUGGUCAGGCCCGUGAUGCCCACCCUGCUCCAACCGCGUGUGGUCAUCUACGACGGCGUCUGCCAUCUCUGCCACCGAGGAGUGAAGUGGGUCAUCAGAGCCGACAAGCACAGGAAGAUCAAGUUCUGUUGUCUUCAGUCCAAGGCUGCCGAGCCGUACAUGAAGCUGUGUGGUCUCGAACGCGAGGAUGUUAGCCGCCGCUUCUUGUUCGUUGAAGGCCCGGGGCUAUACCACCAAGCAUCGACCGCUGCGCUGCGGGUUAUGUCUUACUUGCCGCUGCCGUACUCAGCAUUGAGUGCUUUUCUGGUAGUUCCUACUCCUCUGAGAGAUGCAGUCUACGACUACGUAGCUAGGAAGCGUUAUGACUGGUUUGGGAAGGAAGAUGAGUGCUUAGUCUUACGAGAACAAGAUCUGCUGGACCGUUUCAUUGACAGGGACGAGAUUUUGGAGAAGAGUCGAACAGCAUUAUAAGUAUUAUGACUAGUUCGGGAAGGAAGAUGAAGGCUUAGUUUUACAAGAGCAAGAUCUGCUGGGUCUGGACCAUUUCAUUGACAGGGACGACAUUUUGGAUAAGAGUCGAACAGCAUUAUAAUGCUACCAUCGAAUGUUUGGAAAGUACCAAAACUUUUCGCCAUGUAUAGACAUAGAUCUACUAAUACCGGUUAGAUUCUUUUGUCAGCUCUCGACAUUUUGUCGGAAAUUGGAGUUCUUUGUUCUACCCAUUUUUCUUUGUCAAUGGUAUUCUUCUUUAGGCC